GGUCACCCGCGGAGCAUGGCCGGCAGAGGCGCUGGCAGCGGCCCGCAGCCGUCCGCCGUGGCGCAGCCGCUCACCGGCGGUCACUUGUACCCUUUCGUGAGCACGGAGAGCGAGGGGCCCGAGGAGGAGGGUGAGCUGUCAGAACUGCGGCCGCGGGGCAGGGAGAAGGUCCGGCGGAGCGCGUCGAGGGACAGGCUGGAUGAUAUAGUCCUGCUGACGAAGGACAUCCGUGAAGGGGACACGCUGAACGCGAUCGCACUGCAGUUCUGCUGCUCCGUUGCAGAUAUCAAGAGAGUUAACAAUCUUAUCAACGAUCAAGAUUUUUUUGCCCUGAGAUCUAUCAGAAUUCCAGUGAAAAAGUUCAGUGUAUUGACUGAAACCCAUAUAUCUCCAAAAGGAAGACCAGCUCUUCGGCCUGCUCUGUAUUCCCCAGAAGUACAGGAAACAUCUCUUUGUGAUAAAUUCUCUGCUAAUGAGACUGCUGGCAACUUCUUAAAAGAAGUCGAUCGAGAUAUAGAAGAAAUAGUGAAGUGUAAUGAUACAAAGAGAGAGAAUCUGAAUGAAGUUGUUUCUGCUUUAGCAGCCCAACAGAUCUGUUUUGAAACUGAUGGUAAAACUAAAAAAUGCAAGGAUCCUUACUAUGGGGCAGACUGGGGUAUAGGAUGGUGGACAGCAGUAGUGAUUAUGUUGAUUAUUGGCAUAGUAACUCCAGUUUUUUAUCUCCUGUAUUAUGAAGUUCUAGUGAAAGCAGAUGUCAGUCACCAUUUCCCAAUGGAAUCUUCUCAUUUGUUUGUCACAGCAGUAUCACAUCAGAAAGAAACAGAAAAUGGAAUAAAUCCAACAAAUAUGAUGAAAGUUGAUAAUCAAGGAGACCUUCAGCAUUAAUAGUGGAAGACCCUAGACAGCUGUUGUUUGUAGAUACAUAACAUAGGUAAAGGGGAAUCCACAGGAUGCAAAAUGCACUUGGAAUGUAGAGAAGUGUACUGAUGUGUGACUUGCCUUUAUGGGCAGUAUUCCACUACAAGGAUAUUUCUGGGGAUCACAUAAUCUCUGAAUAUGCCUGAGAUAGGCAAUUUACAAGACUGGGGUGUAUAUUAAGGUAUGAAGUCAUCUCUGAAGCUUUGCACCUUUUUCUAUUUUGAUAGGCAUGUUUCUUAAUUAAUGAUGAGAUGAAAAAAUAUAGCUCGAACUAACACACAAGGAGUUCCGUGUUUUACAGCCCAGAAGUGGGCAUAUGGGGAUAGCUAACUUUUAAACAUCUGAAAGGAUUUACAGAAUUCAUAGUACACUUGACAUUUUAAUAUCAGGUUUACAGUUCUAAGUUUAAGUGGUGUUCUCAUAAUUUAUCUUUCUUAUAGAGUAAGAUUUCUUUUAAAACUCAGUCAUUCCAUAAUUAAUAGCCAGCAUGAAGUUCUUUUUUACAGAGGCAGUAGCACUUAAACUUGAAAUCUUGUGCCUAUAGUCAACCCAUUCCUUGGUACUUUUCAGUAUAUGCACUAGGGUAAUUUGUUUUCUCUGUCAUUCUGUGCCUCACCACAGUCCACUUAGUAGUCCUCUUGAAACUUCACAUUGUUCCUUGGUAUCCUGCUGAAAACUGACUGAACUGCAUUCUCAUCUGAUCACCUGUGUGUAGAAUGAAAAAAGUGCUGAAGUGUGGCACGUUCCUGUAACUGCCCCAGUAGUCCUUAUUUUCUGCUAAUAGAUUUAUUUUUUUCCCCUUCCUGUUAAUCUCAGUUCAGGACCAACUGAUUCUUCAGAUAGCAGUCAUGUGGGUACUGAGCAUACUAAUACUGGUCUUGUGCCCAUGAACCUCAAGCUCUUAACUUUUUCCUGAAAUGUCCUAGAGGACUUCAAAUGCUAUUUAAUGUCUGCUAGCAAAUUUGAGCAGAAUAGACAACUUGUACUACAGACCUGUACUUUACAUCUUGGUGUUUUUAUGAAUGUUUCUCUUGGAGUUUCAUGAUCAACCUUGGUUUUUCUCCUCUUUUUCUUCCCCAUCUAAAAAGGCUUCAGGAUAAAAAACAAACAAAAACCCAUAAAAAAACAUAAAUAAAGCCCCACACCUCUGGACUCUUUUUACAGAAAGGAGGUACUUGUGUACUCAGAAUACUUUUAAAUAAAAACUGAGAUGGUGCCU